AUGGAAGCGCUUAAUCUUAACGUUGAAAAUACCUCUUCUAAAAAAGUAACAAAAUUGCCACCAAAAAUAUCACCUAAGCAUAAGCGUAUUAAUGUUCUUGAAGAAUACAAGAAACGGAAUGAUAAUAAAGUGGCAUUAAAUUUAGUGGUUGUUGGACAUGUUGAUGCAGGAAAAAGUACACUAAUGGGUCACUUAUUGUAUUUACUUGGUGAAGUCAAUGAAAAGACUAUGAAAAAAUAUGAAAGAGACUCUUCAAAAAUUGGAAAGUCAUCUUUUGCGUAUGCGUGGAUUCUUGAUGAAACGGGUGAAGAACGUGCCAGAGGUAUCACAAUGGAUAUUGCAAUCACCAAAUUUGAAACUGAACAUAGAAGAUUUACAUUAUUAGAUGCUCCAGGGCAUCGAGAUUUUAUUCCAAAUAUGAUUUCGGGAGCAGCUCAGGCAGAUGUUGCUAUUCUUGUAAUCGAUUCUACUACUGGUGAAUUUGAAGCUGGAUUUGAAGCAAAUGGUCAAACAAAAGAACAUGCAUUACUUGUUAGAAGUUUGGGUGUACAACAAUUGGUUGUAGCAAUUAAUAAAUUAGACGUUGUAGGUUGGUCACAAGAUCGGUUUAAUGAGAUCAUAACCAAGUUAAGUCCUUUUUUGAAUCAAGCUGGAUUUAAAAAGGAUAAAGUAAUAUAUAUUCCUUGUAGUGGAUUGACAGGAGAAAAUUUGUUAAAGAGAUCUCAAAAUAUUUUGGAGUGGUAUUCUGGACCAACUUUAUUUCAACAAAUAGAUAAGUUUGAACCUCCUAUACGACUUUUAGAUAAACCAUUUCGACUUUCAGUUUCAGAUUUUUUUAAAGGAGGAAUAAGUGGUAUGGGAGGUAUUACUGUUGCUGGAAAAAUAGAAGCAGGAACUAUUCAGAUUGGAGAUGAUGUUUUGGUUAUUCCUGGUGGUGAAUAUGGUGUAAUAAAAGGUUUGGAAGCAAAUGAUGAAUCUUCAAAAUGGGCAGCUGCUGGAGAUUCUAUUUUAAUGACAUUAUCUGGAUUAGACAUUCUCCAACUUAAAGUUGGAUCUAUUUUGUGUUCAGUAUCACAUCCAGUUCCUGUAACAUCAUAUAUUUUAGCACAAAUUGUUGUAUUUGAUAUUAAAGUUCCAAUUACAAAAGGAUUUCCUGUUAUUCUUCAUAGACAAAGUCUUAAUGAACCGGCUAUUAUAACCAAAUUAGUUACUAUUUUAGAUAAAAGUACAGGAGAAAUUGUAAAGAAAAAUCCAAGAUGUCUUCCUAAAGCAUCAUCUGCUACUGUUGAAAUUAAACUUACUAAUAGACCAGUUCCUUUUGAAACUUAUAAGGAAAAUAAAGAAUUAGGAAGAAUUAUGUUAAGAAAAGGUGGAGAAACAAUUGCUGCUGGUAUUAUUAUUAAUGUAAGUAAUAUUAUAAUUUAUUAA